UGUUCAUAUUAUCACCAACAAUAUUGUUCCUUUUUGGAAAAUGAUACAGCACGGGGGUGUGCACAUAAGCGUUUUCAACCAUCCUCUAAUCUUAUACAAUUUUGCGAUGUCAUGAAAUUUGUUCAGAAAUUUAUGCAAAUCGGGCGCUCAAAGACCCAUUUCCAACAACUUAAUGCUGAACCUCGACCCGCAGGCAAUUCAUCCUUUUUUUUCCCAGGAGGUCCACCACCAUCUUAUCGUUCUUCAACAAAUGCUGAUGAUAGCGCCACAUUCAGUAGUACAGAAUCAUCCACCGUUCCAACAACGACAUACUCCAUCAAACGACGUAAUUCUUGGAUAAAUUUAAUCGAAAGUAAUGAAAAUUUGUACAAGAAAGAUUUACUACAUUAUACAGAAUCAUUAUGUACGGCAGCUGCAGCUGCACCAUCAUUAUCAACACCAUCAGCACCACCAACAACAACAACAACAUCAACAACACGUUGCGCAAAUGUUAUGAUGCCUGUUUGUUGUACGUGGGUUGGAGAUAUUUACGAGAAUAAUUACCAGUUCCUGGAGAAGUACAAUUUAAAUGGACGAUAUGCGAAGCACUUUACACCUUUUUAUGUCUUAAAUUCAGCCGGCGAUCCAAUUGCUAUAUCCAAACUGAAGUUAACUAAUUCUGGCUCAUUAUGCAAAUUAAAUGGUGGAGGAAAAAAAUUGCCAGCAGGUUUUUCGAAACCAGAUCGGAUUAGUGGAUUAAUGCGAUGGUUUCAAGUGCCAAAAAAUAAAUUUCACAUAUUUAUCCCAUUAUUUUUGAUUAUUGCAUGCUGUUUCAUAGCCGCCAUUUUACUUCUCAGUAAGCAAUUCGCACAAGAAUCACGGAAUUUUUCUUGGAUACCACCAUUCAUAUUUCGUAACCAACAAGGGAAUUCGACCGUUGUCAAAAUGUAUCAGAACGGUCAUCAAGUUAGAUUUGAGAUACUGGGGAAUCUGCCGAUUAAAAAUAAUUACAUUGCUGUAUAUGAUUUUGCAUCGAGAAGAAUAGCAAUAAUCGAUUCAACUCUGAGAGAUAACGGCAAAAAUUUGGUUUGCUUCGUGAUGAAUAUGAAUAUAUCAACAAUGCCCGAUAAAUAUUCUCUUGAAAUUGGAGCGCAAAAUGCUCUCAAGCGUAAGGAACAAAUCCAUGGAUGGGAGGAAGCGUGGAAUUUCUUACCUGGUUCAUAUUUCGGUAAUUUGUCAACACUUUUUGAUCCACUCAUUCCUGAAUGCGAUACUGCACGAUGGAUCUUACUUAAUUAUACUAGAUUCGAUCAGAGAGGAAAAAAAUGCAGCGAUUGUUAUGAUUUCUGUUUACCAGAGCUCGGUAUUGAAAUGGAUCAUUUAAGAGCGGAAGCAUUUUUAAACAUUAUACGCCGUAAUUGCUUUUAUCUUUUUGUACCGGAGUGGCGUUCAUUUGCAGCCGCAUACAGUGGUAAACAGAAUGAAUAUGAUUUGGAACAACUUUAUUAUGGAGGUCGGAGUCAUGUAAACAAUGGUAACGAUAACAGAAGCACCAAUAGUAGUGCUGGCGAUAAUUAUGGGAAUCGUCUUAAUGGGAUACAAAGUGUUAUUGAUGAAAUUGUACAGCCGAUCACAGAUCAGAGUCGAAAUUUCGAAUCAAAGUGGAUUUCUCUACAGGAAAUACCGCGAAACAAUUACAGUGGGAGUAUGUCAUCAAGCACUUAUGGUAAUUUCAAUUUGAAUAGUAAUAGCAAUGAAUUUGAAACUGGAAAUGGCGCUUUUUCGAACAAUAAUGACCGGAUGAAACCUUUACUCCCAAUGCCACCACCAAGUUAUCCGAUACAAGUCAAGCAAAAGUCAUCUUUGGAUCUCGGAAACCUUUUUACCGAGGUCCUACAACCUUAUCAGAAUCUUGGUGGCGCGAAUGCACGACUACAAAAUGGUGUUUUUGGCAGCAACAAUGAACAGUUCGCUUCGCCAACUAAAUAUAGCGAGCAGCCGAAUAGUUACAAUGUCCAAUUACCCAGUGGUCAAGCGUUCAAUGGUCUAUCAAAUACAGUAGUGAGUAUCGAUGGUAAGAAUAAUCAACCAAAAAGUAUCUAUGAUCAAUCAAUCAUGGAUGGUGAAAGUAAUUCUAAACAAUCAAAUUAUUAUACUUCGCAAUCUGGAAUCAAUGUUUACAUGCAGCAAGCAGCAAAUCCUAAGCAGAAUGAUCAAGAUAAUGGCUCAGAAAGUCAACAAUUGGUCAAUGAUAAGGGAUGGGUUACUGUUGGUUAGCAAAACCUAAAUUAACAUGAACAUAUCCUUCCAGUAAUUGUUGCUGUCCUACUCCUAGUUAUUCUGUACGUGACUAAUUUGCUUGUUGUUAAGUCUAUGAUAUCCAUGUCUAGCUCCUGCUCUUUAUGAACUCAUUCUAUCAUAGAUCUUAUUCUUUGUUACUUGUACAUAAUGAUGAUGAUAUGCUCAAGUUUCUG